UGCGUGCUCGAAAUGGUGACAGUUCUGUCGUCUGCAAAAAGGUAAUUACAGUUUGCUUAUGUAUUAAAUUCACUUGAUUAUUUUAUAUGUUUUAUGUAAGCACAUAAAAAUUCAGCGAAGGAGACUGCAUCUCGAAGUUUCAGGCAACAAGCCUGAUAUUUUUGUUUUCGUCUGUAUGUGUACUGUAACUCGUUGGUCGUUCGCGCAGUCUUCGCACGGAACUUCGAGCCUCACAGUUGUGGUCGUUAUUUGUCCUAUUAACGUUGUUCAUUUGAGCCGAAGUUCUACAAUGUGUGAUCAAGUUGUUGAGGAAGCUUUAGGCCAAGUGACUGACGAUGAUGAAUUCUUCCAAGACAUCGACAUUUUGCAAAACCAUGGCAUCAAUGUCGCCGAUAUCAAGAAGCUCAAGACAGCCGGCAUCUGCACAAUUAAGGGCGUGCAGAUGACCACUCGGAAGAAGCUGUGCGGAAUCAAAGGUAUCUCCGAAGCAAAAGUGGACAAAAUCAAAGAGAUAGUGGCCAAAGUAGCAGAUGGAGCAAGUUUCCUGACAGCGCUUGAAGUCAGUGAGAAACGGCGCUACGUGUUCAGAAUCUCUACAGGAAGUAAAGAGCUCGACAAGUUGAUGGGCGGCGGAGUCGAAAGCAUGGCGAUUACAGAAGUGUUUGGCGAGUUCCGCACUGGGAAAACUCAGCUGUCUCACACACUCUGCGUCACCUGCCAGCUGCCAGGCGAGAAUGGCUACACCGGAGGGAAGGCAAUCUUUAUCGACACCGAGAAUACUUUCCGUCCUGACCGCCUGCGCAGCAUCGCCGAUCGGUUCGACCUUGACCAUUCAGCCAUGCUAGAGAACGUUCUUUACGCACGCGCCUUCACAAGUGAACACCAGAUGGAAAUGCUGGACCAAGUAGCAGCAAAGUUUCAUGAAGAGGCAGGCGUUUACAAGUUGCUCGUAAUCGACUCGAUCAUGGCUCUUUUUCGAGUUGAUUUCAGCGGUCGUGGCGAACUGGCCGACAGGCAACAAAAACUGGCGCAAAUGCUGUCCAAGCUUCAGAAGAUCUCAGAAGAAUAUAAUGUGGCCAUAUUCAUCACCAAUCAGAUGACUGCUGAUCCAGGAGCAGCCAUGAGUUUUCAGGCAGAUCCCAAGAAACCAAUUGGAGGACAUAUCUUGGCACAUGCUUCAACAACCCGCAUAGCACUGCGCAAAGGUCGUGGUGAAUCACGUAUUGCAAAAAUCUAUGACAGCCCAGAUCAACCAGAGAAUGAGGCAACAUUUGCUAUUACGCCUGGUGGCAUAGCAGAUGUCUCUGAGUAGAACACUGCUCAAGUACUGUUUGUUGACACACGUAGAUGUCCAAUGCAGUUCUUUAUUUUUAUUUAUUUAUUUAUUUUACUGGGAAAAGUUUCCAUAGUUGCCUGUGGCUAAAUAAAAUUUAUGCAUGUUUCUUUAUCACUUGUGGUUGUUUUAUUUGAGAGGUGUGCUGUUUCAAAACUGUACGCUAUUGUUUCCACUUUGACUACAGUUAGCAGUGUAACCACAAUGGCUACACUGAACUGUCACAGUUUAGGAUGGAAUGAGAAAUGCAUAUAGUUGAUAGUUCUAGUUGAUAUAGUUCUAUGGCCAGUAGCGAAACUGUUAGUGGAACACUUUGUGCACUAACACAGAGUAUGAUUUUAAUUACAGUGCUCAAGUAAUGGCAUAGCUUAUUUUAACUUGCAAUGUGCAAUGGUCAGGGCACAGACUCUGCAGAAAGUGUUUAUGAUGAUGCUUUAAUCUCCAGUAAC